UAUGUUUGUUUUGUUGUUGUCAAAUUUGAGAAAAUGGCCGCGAAACAAAAUUCUAUUGCAAACGAAGAUAAAAUAGGUCAAACAACGUCUGAUGAUAUUCCUCUGACAUCUUUAGAAGAAAGCCUCCUAAGUUUGGAGAAGCUUGAUCGGGCUUCCCCAGAAUUAUGGCCCGAACAAAUUCCCGGUGUCUCGGAGUUUGCGCCGUUACAGAAUCCCAACCAAUCGCCACCGUCAUGGAAUAAAGGGUUAACGAAAGAAGACUACGCUUAUAUGCAACAAUUAGGCACCCUUACAACAAGCAGUCUAAUAAUGGAGGUCAAGAAACUUCAUGAUCUUGCCUAUCAGUUGGGUUUAGAAGAGGCUAAAGAAAUGACAAGGGGCAAAUAUUUAAACAUAUUUUCUAGGAGAAACCGAUAACAGUUUCUUUAUUAUCAGUAAGUAUUUUACUGAUACACUCUUUAAAAUGUAUAUACAAAAACAUGUCAGAGGAAAGUUGCACAGCAGUUUCUCUCAUUUGCAAUAACGUCAAACUUUGUUUACACUGUCUAGGCAUUUGUUUAGAAUAUACACUGUUCAUUCGGAAGAAUUUUUCUGUUUGAACUGGUAUUACAAUUGCAUUUUGUAAUAAAUGCAUUGUAAAUCAUUUUAUCGGUGGAAUCCCUUUUGAAAAUAACAUAUAGAUGCAUUAGUCAGCUAGCUUAAAUGUUUAUAAACGUAUAAAACUUGUGACUUGAUAGUCACUACUACUG